UAUAAAUAGAGCCAGGAAUAACAGCCAAGGAGGUGAGAGGGGCUACUGAGCUGGGAGAAGCAGGCUGCAGUCAGAGAGCUUUGACUGACAUAGCAGCCUUUGUAAGGGACCAGUCGUGCUCACAGAUCCAUCCGGCCAGGUGCACUAGAGUUUCAUCCUCCUUGGGACCUGACGAGAUCCGCUUGCCAGGCUCAGCAAUGACUACAUGCAGCAUGGACCUGGACUAUGAGAGGUGCCAGUGCCACAGUGAGGAGAAUCGGAACGCCAUACUCUAUACCCUCCUCAGCCAGAACCUGAACCACAAAUGGGGCAGCCGUAGUCCAUCCCAGCAGCGCUGCCUGUGCCAGAAGCGUCGCACCGUCUGCCUCCGAACACCUCAGGUCACCUGCCAGGCAGCCUCUGAUGUCCUUGUGAAAACGGUCAGCUUCAUGAAGAACCUGCCCUCCUUCCAGCUGCUGCCCCGGGGAGACCAGCUGCUGCUUCUGAACAGCUGCUGGGCUCCCCUCUUCAUUCUGGGGCUGGUUCAGGAGAUGGUGACAUUCGAGGUGAUGGAAACCCCAGCCCCGAGCAUGCUCAAGAGGAUUCUCCUCGAUGGCCAGAGUAAGAGACAAGAGCCUGAGAAGACACAGCCCACCCUAGUUGGGGUGCAGCGGCUGCAGUGCUGCCUGAACACAUUCUGGAGCCUGGACCUGAGCCCUAAGGAGUAUGCUUAUCUGAAAGGAGCCAUUCUCUUUAACCCUGAUGUCCCAGGUCUCAGGGCCUCUUUGUACAUCGAGAGCCUCCAACGGGAAGCACAGAAAGCGCUCCGAGAAGUCCUAGUGCCCCUCCACCCAGGGGACCAGGGCCGCUUUGCCCGCAUCUUGCUGAUUGCCUCCACCUUGAGGUCCAUUCCUCCUGCACUUAUCACAGACCUCUUCUUUCGACCAAUCAUUGGCAAUGCAGACAUUAUUGAGGUGAUCACUGAAAUGCUGUAUGAAAUAACCUGCAGGCAACUGACUCUUUCAUCACACACAGCCUCCUGAGAGCUCAGAUUCAGCGGCCACUCUCACAUGCACCUCCUGAGCAUUGAGCUGAGUUUCAAGGGACAGUAACGUUAAUCUGGGAAUGGGGAUUUAGUGGGAAAGACACUGUGGACUUGCAGACACCUGGAUUUGUGUUAGUAUUUCACUUGGGCUCAGGCAACAGCUUCAGCGUUGAAAAUCUCAGCUAAGGCACAGACCAUUUAAGAAUGUAACUCUUAUUUAGCAUUUGUUUACAGCAGACAUCAGCCCCUGUACAUACUGAACUCAUAAAGCCAAGUCGUUUCUGAAGUAUGUGUGAUGUUACUAUUUCACUGCACAGCAACAUGAAAAAAGCAUGGCCAAUGUCCUUAAAACAUUCCAUACAAAAUAAUCCUCUGGGCUGACAUUUUCCCUGGGAAAUAUUCAGGUCAGAGAAGCACUUAUCUGAGAAAGAAGGGGAUUGAAUGCAGGGCUUUGAACCAAAUGGAGUCUUACCGUUUUUAAGGAUAAAAUUGCCAUAGACAGCCUCUGUUACACACAUGCAACCUGAUUUUUAGAUGUGCUCAGCACUCACUCUGCCUGCCGUUUUCAAUGGAUUGAGUGGGUACUCAGCACCUCUGAAAACAGGCCUGGAAUACACAAUGCAUUGGAUUAGAGCAUGAUCCAAAUUUCGUGAUUCAGGGUCAAAUCUCAGCCCCACUGAAGUCUAUGGGAGUUCUGCCAUUGAUUUCAUUGAGGCCAGGAUUUCACCUUCUCGGUUGAUCCAUACACAAGAGCCUAAUUCCGCAAACUCUAAUCACGCUGAGCAGUACUGAGAGUGAAUGAAAUCACUCAUAUGAGUGCUACCAAGUAUUGUGGAAUCAGGCCCUUAUAUUGUGGGUGGGUGGGUGCGUGGGUGGCCUUGGAAUCUUAGAGAAGUAGCCAUAAAACAUCUAUCCCUGUUUCAAACACGGACAGGGCAAGGGCCAGACAGUAUUAAUGCUAAAAGAGUUCACAGAGAGCCACAUUUUGCCACCCUUACUGAAAUUGAGUCGUUAUGUGGAAGAAAAUGGGACUACUCUGAGUAAUGUUCCACUGAAUGUUUCUACCACUCGUGUUAGGGUGGUAGAAUCUAAUACCCCUUAGUUAAUGUAUGAGCUCAAGUGACUAAGAGCUCCAUUUUAGCUAAAUAUUAUGAAGGUGUUUGCAGUGAUAUUAAAAACAGGUAGGGCUGGUGAGCUGAAGUCCAUUUGUGUAACAGUGAGUGAUAUUACCUAGAUAGUACAUGCUAUAGAGAAGGAGCUGUAGUGGUCACACAGACCUGCAGAUUCUGCAGCUGAACAUCUGCUUCCUAGACUACUGACUGGUUGCUCCCACUCCCCCACGCUAGGUACUGAUCUACACAAAGAAAACAGCCUUUGCACAGAGUUCAGAGGUCAGUAUUUUGUGAGUGGAUGUUAGUCUGUGAUUUGUAUAUAAAAUGCAGUAAAUUAUUUUUUUUUUAAAUAAAAGGUAUUACAUUUUGGAAAA